AUGAGAUUCUCUGUUCCCGGUGCAGCUGCUUCAAACGCUCAAGUACCGUUGAAUUUCCGCCAUUCUUUCAAGCUAUACUCUUCACGCACUAUCGCCAUGAAGUCAUACCUGACCAUCUUGGCUCUCGCAAGCGCCGUUACAUCUCUAACGCUAGUUGCGAGCGGAAGCUCAGCUGCUGUUCGAUAUCUCGGUCGUGUCAACCCAGCGACUAAUGAGUUAACAUGGCCAGGAACUGGAUUGUCCUUUACCUUUACGGGGACUUCAGCCGUUAUAAAUCUUGCUGAAGUCAGUGGCACUAACAGCGUUGACUUGAUCGUCGACGGUGGCGAGCCGACAGUCAUCUCGAAUGUCGCUGGAACCUCCAUCUCCACACCUGCUGGACUGUCCCAAGGCAGUCAUACAGUUGAAUUGCGCAAACGGUCUGAGGCCCUCUAUGGCACGAUCGUUGUUGGUGAUAUCACCACAGAUGGUAGCUCUGGCAUGCAUUCGGCCCCGGCGCGUAAGAUUGAGAUUAUCGGCGACUCAAUCACUGUUGGCUACGGUCUGGACGGCACCUAUCCAUGCACCAACACUGCUGCUCUCGAAGAUAACCCCAAGACCUAUGCUGCCUUGGCUGCUGAUGCGCUUGGAGCAGACUAUAGUAUCGUAGCUUGGAGUGGCAAGGGUUUGGUGCGCAAUACCGUCUCCACAACUCCUCCUGAUACCAGCCCUCUUAUGCCAGAGCUCUACGCCCGCUACGGCGCCAACGAUGCUGAUAACAGCUACACUUUCCCGUCAGAAUGGACACCACAAGCCGUUGUCAUUAAUCUCGGCACUAACGACUUUGGAUACGUGGCGUAUAACGCGUCUGGACAGGAGUACGACGCCCGUGCACCGUUGGACCCUGCCACGUACACAGCAGCUAUGGUCAGCUUUGUCCAAAGCAUCCAGACGCACUAUGCAAAUGCUGAAUUCUUCCUACUCACUUCUCCAAUGCUCAGUGAUUCCUUCCCCACGACAGAGGACGCUCAGCAUACCACCCAGUCCAAUGCUCUCAAGGACGCCAUCUCUCAGAUCGGAGCAAAUGCCCACCUUGUUGACUGGCCUCCUCAAGGUUCCGACGUGGGUUGCGAUUAUCAUCCUAAUGCGGCUACACAAGCAGCUGGAGGGGAAAUCUUGGCUUCGGCUAUCAGUACGGUAUUAGGCUGGUAA